CCUGGCCCCGCCCCGCUCCGGUGCGCUCAGCGGGCGAGGACGCGGAGUCCCGCGGAGGGUGGCGAGACUUUCUAUAGUACCUUCAUAAGUGGUCAUGGGAUAGAAAGUACCACGUGCUGGAGUGGUUUUUAGUCUUACCCCUGAAUGGCAUCAAGAAGCACCCCUGGGCUAUGCAGGCGGGCUCCCCGGACCAGGAGGGCUUCUUCAACCUGCUGAGCCACGUGCAGGGCGACCGCAUGGAGGAGCAGCGCUGCUCGCUGCAGGCCGGGCCCAGCCAGGCCCCCGAGAGCCCCCUGCUGCCCGCAGAGGGCAGCCCCACACCCGAGAUGGACAGUCUCAUGGACAUGCUGGCCAGCACCCAGGGCCGCCGCAUGGAUGACCAGCGUGUGACGAUCAGUGCCCUGCCUGGCUUCCAGCCCGUGGGCCCUAAGGACGGCGUGCAGAAACGAGCUGGGACCCUCAGUCCCCAACCCCUGCUCACCCCUCAGGACCCGAGUGCUCUCAGCUUCCGCAGGAACAGCAGCCCCCAGCCCCAGACACAAGCCCCCUGAGCUGUCCUGGCACCCCCGGCCCCCGAGAGAAGGCAAUAAAACACUUGUGCGAGCAGCACGCGGAACUGAGUUUGUGUUAUUCUGUGGGGUGGAGGGGCGGCCUCAGGAGC